AUGCCGGGAAGUACAACAUCGGCCCACAAUAAUGAUCUCAGAAGUACAACAUUGGCCCACAAUAAUGAUCUCAGAAGUACAACAUUGGCCCAAAAUAAUGACAACAGAGGUACAACAUUGGCCCACAAUAAUGAUCUCAGAAGUACAACAUUGGCCCACAAUAAUGACAACAGAAGUACAACAUCGGCCCACAAUAAUGAUCUCAGAAGUACAAAAUUGGCCCACAAUAAUGAUCUCAGAAGUACAACAUCGGGCCACAAUAAUGACAACAGAAGUACAACAUUGGCCCACAAUAAUGACAACAGAAGUACAACAUCGGCCCACAAUAAUGAUCUCAGAAGUACAACAUUUGCCCACAAUAAUGAUCUCAGAAGUACAACAUUGGUCCACAAUAAUGAUCUCAGAAGUACAACAUUGGCCCACGAUAAUGAUCUCAGAAGUACAACAUUGGCCCACAAUAAUGAUCUUAGAAGUACAACAUCGGCCCACAAUAAUGACAACGGAAGUACAACAUUGGCCCACAAUAAUGACAACAGAAGUACAACAUCGGCCCACAAUAAUGACAAAAGAAGUACAACAUUGGCCCACAAUAAUGAUCUCAAAAGUACAACAUCGAUCCACAAUAAUGAGAACAGAAGUACAACAUCGGCCCACAAUAAUGACCUCAGAAGUACAACAUUGGCCCACAAUAAUGAUCCCAGAAGUACAACAUUGGCCCACAAUAAUGAUCUGAGAAGCACAACAUCGGCCCACAAUAAUGAUCUCAGAAGUACAACAUUGGUCCACAAUAAUGAUCUCAGAAGUACAACAUUGGCCCACAAUAUUGAUCUCAGAAGUACAACAUCGGCCCACAAUAAUGACAAAAGAAGUACAACAUUGGCCCACAAUAAUGAUCUCAAAAGUACAACAUUGACCCACAAUAAUGAGAACAGAAGUACAACAUCGGCCCACAAUAAUGACCUCAGAAGUACAACAUUGGCCCACAAUAAUGAUCUUAGAAGUACAACAUCGGCCCACAAUAAUGACAACAGAACUACAACAUUGGCCCACAAUAAUGAUCUCAGAAGUACGACAUUGGCCCACAAUAAUGAUCUCAGAAGUACAGCAUUGGCCCACAAUAAUGAUCUCAGAAGUACAACAUUUGCCCACAAUAAUGAUCUCAGAAGUACAACAUUGGCCCACAAUAAUGAUCUUAGAAGUACAACAUCGGCCCACAAUAAUGACAACAGAAGAACAACAUUGGCCCACAAUAAUGAUCUCAGAAGUACAGCAUUGGCCCACAAUAAUGAUCUCAGAAGUACAACAUUUGCCCACAAUAAUGAUCUCAGAAGUACAACAUUGGUCCACAAUAAUGAUCUCAGAAGUACAACAUUGGCCCACAAUAAUGAUCUCAAAAGUACAACAUUGAUCCACAAUAAUGAGAACAGAAGUACAACAUCGGCCCACAAUAAUGACAACAGAAGUACAACAUUGGCCCACAAUAAUGAUCUCAGAA